GGGCUCUUUGUAAAAAGCUUCUCUUUGUCAGUUCUCUCUCUGGGUUUAACCUUAUGAACGAUUAAAUCCCCGCAUGUGAAAUUUCUGCAUUCUGGGGUGUUUUCUUGCUUAGCACCCAGAGGUCCAGUCACCAAAUGGGGUGUGGCUGGCAGGCAGGGACCAGCAUGGCUAUGCCCUGUGUGGAUGGCACUCAGUGGGUGGGUGGGUGAGCCCCUGCCAGGGGAAACCUGGUCCCUUUGCUGCCUUUGAGUCACUUUGUAAUUUUACCCGUAAUGAGGUCCUUCCAUAGGCCUUUCAAAAGCAGACAUUUCACUGGUAAAGGAGGAAUUCCUUGAAGGUCAAAUGGCACCUGAAUUCAGUAGUCAUUUAUGAGUUGAGUUACAGGAGUUGUCUGAAUCCACCCUAACUACUCAGCGACAUUUCUUUUAUGUGCAGGUACUUGUUCUGUAGAGCAGAUAGCAGUGUGGUUUGUUAUAUAUCCAAGUGCACAGGAGACUCCAUAACAUGUGCAACUGUGUCCUUUCACUGUGAAUAGAAGUACAGCCUUCACAAUAAGAUGAGUGAGGGAUAAAUAGAAAUGAAACCACUUACCAUGAAGAUGUAAAUUCAUAUUCAAUAAUUGUUCAGACCAAGAGUUUUCUUCUGUUGCCAUGGGGAGGAGAGAUGGUGGUUUAACCCUUUUGGAUUAGCAUAGGCAUAUUAUUAACUUUGUUUCUAUUACUGGCAAAAUAGGCCCAGUCUCUGAACUAUGACUAGUUCUCUGCCUUCAAUGCCUUUUGAUGCAGUGAGCCCUACGCCAAGAAUAAAAUAUUUCACGAGCACUUCCUGUGUGCCCUGCUCCGUGGUGCACUACAUGUUAGCUGUGUAUUUACCCUUUUGGGUGGCAGAAGAGAGACUAUUGAUCUCCCUGAUUCCCUUUUUCAGUUGCAAGUAAAGGUCAUGCAGGACGAGUGUGAUCAAGGGAAGUUAGGAAGGAAAAGGGAGGCUGAGGAUGUGGCAUGUCCUUUCCAAUAUGGGAGAGGUAGUACCAUGAACCUGGGUCUGCAUUUUCUACCUUUUUCAGGGGCCUCUCUAGAGGCGAGGUCAAUGGCUUAUUUUAGUAAAAGUACCACAAUGCAAAAAAUAAAAUACGGAAAGUGUAAACAGAAAGUAUUACAACCAGCCCUCCGCCCUAGAGCCAUUUGGGGCUUGUAGAUAGUUGGUUGAGGUUGCUGGGGGUGUUCUGCAUGUCUGAACUUGUUCAAGUAUGAGAAAGGGCCCGAGCUGCAAUUGGAAGAGGUGAAGCUUAGACACAGAAGGCCAAGGCUCUGACCACCACUAGGUGAUGGGAGACCUCACAGAAGUUGCCCUGCUUCUCGUAAGGCUCCCAUCACCCAGAGAGGUCAGGAUGCUCUAGUUGAGAGGUCAGUCAAGGACAUCCCAGAGUUAACCUCAUGGGUGCAGAGAGGUUUGAGCUGUAGCAGUGACGCCCAGAAAGUGGUUGGAGUUGAAGACUAUGAGGAGGAGUGGACUAGCCUGAGAUCUGAAAUGGGCAAGUGGCUGACAGCUGGCCAAGGUACCUUUUGAUCUUGACAUUGAUGCUGUAGCCUAAAGUAAAAGAAGGCUCAUAGAAGAAACACCAGGUCUGAGAGAAAAAAGCAAGGGUAGCAAUUUGGGGAGUUCUCUGUAACAGAAAGUGGACUAGAGCAGUAGUUCCUUACAGGGGUUCCCAGGCCCCUUGGGUUUCAUGAAGUCAGUAAUGGGGAACUAUGAAUCAAUUUCGGAAUUAUAAAAAGCACAGAUCAUGCGUUUACCCUCAGCAAGGCCAUGUAAGCUUUAUCAAAACACUGGAAUCUGCCCUUGUCUGUGAUGACAUCAGAUUGCUGAUGAGGAUACCAGCCAUCCUGUGCUGGUGAGAAGCUCUGCUGGAGACUGAUGUUACUUUGGGGAUUCUGAAUGUGAUUGGUGGACUGUAUGGUGUCCCUGGGUGGUCACAAAGAACCUAAAGUUAGAUCACCAAGAAUGUGAUUAAUCUUAGACUCAGGUAUAAUAUGACAGCCCCAGAUAGACAGACUGCAGUCUCUGGUGACCCCUAGGGUAAAAGUAUGCUGAGUUUUCUCAGCCUAAGCUCUUAAACUCUAUGGAGCUCACAUUUAAUUCAUUCCUCAUCUUUGAAGAAGUGAAAACUGACUGGAUAUCAAAUCAUGAUCAGUUAUCCACUUUGGAAGGCAUGCCCUGAACACCUGAACAACCUGCAUGGUCCCUUAAGACACACAGGAAAGCUCCUUGGCCCCCUCCCCCGCUCAGACUUGAGGAGCUACAUCCUGAGAACAAGGGUCAGGCUCUAUUCUUGGGCUGUUAAAGGAAGAAGUUAAAUAGCAAAACAAAGGAAAGGAAGUAGCCAAAAUACAGACCCACGUGAGUUUUUACAGCAAGCCUGGGAGAAACUAGAUUAAGGCAGUUGCUGCUGUGUUCCAGGAGAGGUGGACUUGGGGCUCCUGUUGUUCAGCCCAUGGUUUCUCGCCCAGUAUCAUCACAGCCUUUGGGGCUGGAGCUCCAGGGAAGGAGGGUGCUGAGUUGCUCUGACAUGACAAACCAAUGGAAUAGUCGAUGAUGAGCCAAGCGAUGCGAAUCGUCCGCACAGUGGGUCAGGCCUUUGAGGUCUGCCACAAGCUGAGCCUGCAGCACACCCAGCAGAAUGCAGAUGGCCAGGAGGAUGGGGACAGUGAGCGGCACAGCAGCAGCUCAGGAGACCCAGGCCGUCAGCUCACUGGAGCCGAAAGGGCCUCCACAGCCACCGCAGAGGAGACCGACAUCGACGCGGUGGAGGUACCCCUCCCAGGGAACGACAUCCUGGAAUUCAGCCGUGGUGUGACUGAUCUGGACGCUGUAGGGAAGGAAGGAGGCCCACAUGCAGAUGCCAAGGUCUCGCCGCCUGCCCAGGAGCCGGUGCUGACAGCCUCACCCAGGAUGCUGCUGCCCUCUUCCUCCUUGAAGGCCCCAAGCAGCGGGGCACCUCUCUCCACCCACCACCAGAUGCAGCUCCUCCAGCAGCUCCUCCAGCAGCAGCAGCAGCAGACACAAGUGGCUGUGGCCCAGGUCCACUUGCUGAAGGACCAGCUGGCUGCGGAGGCUGCAGCACGGCUGGAGGCCCAAGCCCGCGUGCACCAGCUCCUGCUGCAGAACAAGGACAUGCUGCAGCACAUCUCUGUGCUUGUGAAGCAGGUGCAGGAGCUGGAGCUGAAGCUAUCAGGACAGAGCGCCAUGGGUUCCCAGGACAGCCUGCUGGAGAUCACCUUCCGCUCGGGAGCGCUGCCAGUGCUCUGUGACCCCACCACACCCAAGCCGGAGGACCUGCCCUCACCACCACCUGGUGCUGGCCUGGCUGACCUGGGCCCCCUGGCGGGCAGCCCCCUAGUUGACCAUAGUAUGUUCGAGAAUUUGAACACAGCUCUCACUCCCAAGCUCCAGUCCAGCCGCUCUGUUCCCCACCUGUCCAGGCCUACAGCCCCCAGCUCCACCACCCUGGGACCCAUGGGGCCUGGUGGAACGGGGCUCUGGGUCGGCAGUGGCCAGCACCUCAGGAACCUGAGCAAAGCCAUGGGGGCCAAAGUAAACGACUUACUACGCAGAAAGGAACCCUGGAGCCUGGGAGGCGUGAGUGUGAUGGAGAUCAACAGGACUGCCAGGGCCCAGCUGGCCAGUGGGGCUGACCUGGAGGACGAAAGGUUGGCACUGCAAGAGGUGUUCCCUCGGCUGGAUCCUCCACCUCCCAUCACCAGGAAGCGGACUCCGCGGGCCCUGAAGACCACACAGGAUAUGCUGAUUUCCUCGCAGCCUGUCCUGAGCAGUCUGGAGUAUGGGACAGAGCUGUCACCUGGGCAGCCCCAGGACUCCCCUCCUGCCAAGUCCAUCCUAGAUGAUGCAUCACUGCCAGAGGCCACCCCAGAAGAGGUGGAUAGGGGCGAGGCUGUGCCCAAUGGAGAUGUUGCCCUGUCAGUUCCUGACCUUAUCCACAAGGACAGCCAGGAUGAACCCAAGGUCAAGAUGACAGAGUGCAGAAGGGCCUCCUCUCCUGGCCUCAUGGAGAGAAAUGGCCUCAAACUCAGCCCCAUCAGCCUGACUGAGUCGCUAGAGGACAGCAUCCCCCCUUCUCAGGCACGGACCUCCAGCCUUGACAAUGAGGGUCCUCACCCAGACCUGCUAUCCUUUGAGUAGAGCCUCAUCUUGCCCAGCGCACCCCUUCCCUCAGUUUCUCUUCUGCCGUGUGCCGCAGCCUCGCCCUAGCUAUGUCCUCCUUGCACGAGGCACCAGAGGAGCACCAGUUCUCCUGUGCAAGGCCAGACAUCCAUGGCCUAAGGAGCGAUAUCCUAGCUAAGGCGUGUCUGCAGAGUGGCAGACACUGGGUUCUGUCCCUGGUUCUCGAGUCCAUUGGCUCCUCCAGGUGCUGGAGCCCCUCUGCUCCCUGGUCAUCUUGGCUUCUACUGAAUUUCCAGGUCACCGGCCAGGCGUGAUAGGUUCUGUGAGGAUCCCCUUCACCCAUGUCCUCACAUGCCUGCCCCUGCUCUGGAGUCCAUGCUUGAUUCCUGCCAUCUCCCUCAAGACCCAGCCCCCUGCCUUGGGGGUCUCAGGCUGAAUGAGGCAUGAAGGGUUCGGCUUGAUGAUGGGCGCAGACCCAGAAAGCUGCACACCUGAGCGCAGCCCAGCCAUGCUCCUCCCGAUUCAAGGCAGCACAGGUCCUGGCUGUCACUGUGCUCUUGCCCCCAUGGGAAUGACCAGAAAAGAUGCUUGCAGGCCCAAGAUGUUGAGGCUGCCUGCUUGUCCAGGAUUCUUGGGGUGUUUCCCAUCUUAUCAGAUGGAGAAACAUGGUGCCUUGGAGUGGGCACAAAACCAGCCACUGGGCAGCUGUGAGGAGCUGCCGGGUGCUGGGGAAGAGGAUGCCAAGGCUCCUGUGCUGGGUCUCCAGGACCCAGCAGACGCAGCAGAGCACGUUCUGAUCACUUUGGGGGAGAGCUUUGAAAGUGGGGUGGUUUUGGCAUUGGUGCGGGUCCCAAGGGAGUGCAGAGCAGACAGAGUAGAGAAGGCAGUGAAUUCAGAACAGGGAAGGGGCUGUCACUGGGGAUCAGAGCAGCUGUCCAGGGGUCACCCCACACCCUGAAGGAUGCAGCUCUAGGAUCCAAGCAGGGUGAGUGUGGGAGCUGGAGUGAAGACAGGGAUUUGAGUUCCCCGAAGGUACCUCUGAGUUGCCUGUCCCUCACCCUCAUGCCACUGUUCCCGCUCUGGCUUUGGGGUCUCUGGAAGGGCUGGCUCUACCUGGCCUUGCCUCCAGGUUUAACCCACUUUUGUGUUCCUGUCUGCCAGCAGAGGCCCUGCAGUGUUGUCUUCCUGUGGCCAAGAGAUCCUGUCAGGUGGGGAAGCCAACCUGGGGGCCUUUGAAGCAAGAAGGGAACAGUCUCUGUCUUGAACAGGGUGGCCAGGUCCCUGGGAGAAGGCUGGCAGAGGCCCAUCCAGCCUGGGCAGGCCCUUCUGAUUCCUGCUGCCUCCCCUUUUCUGUCCACUGUUCAGCUGCUCACCCAUGAGCUCUGGGGCACCCAGAACUCACUUCCACCUCACCUCAUCACCCUGGUCUCCUCCCCUACCACCUCUCCUGCCAAGAUCCCCUCCCACCUCUGCUAUAAGCCUGGAUCCUCAGGGGAUCCCGAUCCUACCACCUCUACUAACAGCUAUAGACCUGGUGGUGGGGAAUACCAGGGUGUACUUUCUUGCUUCUGCAGCCAUGCCCUCCACAUUUCUUCUCUCCUGUCUUCGUCAUCCUUAAAGCAAGGCCCACGGUGAACCUUGCCUACCUUCCCUAUGAAGGCCCAUGCUGGGAGGGGCCUGGUUUCAUGGGAGCUUCCUUGCCAGAAGCUCGGUUUGCUUCUCUGAUGGGGAAUUUUGGGAGCAGUGCACCUGGUGGCGCUAUAACCAGAGAAACGGGUGUUGCAGGCUUGGGCUGUUUUAAGCACCCUGCUCUCCACUCCACACCCAGCCCCCGUUUAAGUCCUGGCUCCAGACCUAGGAGCAGCAAAGGGACCCUACCACGUCUCCACAGGGUGGUCAUCAGCAUGACCCCCAGACUUCCUCAGACCAUGUCUGAUAGUGAAUGAGAGGCCACAGGCCCCCACUCCCGUCCUGGCUAUCGCUCUGUGAUCUCCACCUCACCACCCUGCAGCAGGGGUGGGCUGCUACCUCGGUGGGCUCUUUGAGGCUGAAAUAUGGACCCAGAUGCUGCAGAUGUUGCCUGGUGCUAGGGCCAAAGUGCCAUCCAAACAAGGACAAGGACUUCUAAUCCUGCUGAGGACCUCAGCUUAGACCUCCUCUCUGUUGAUACAGGACACAUCUUUCUGUUCACCUUAGCAGCCUGACCUUCCUGUGAUUGCAGCACACCCCAACCCCCAACUCCCAACACACACACACACACACACACACACACACACGGCCUGUGUAGUGGCCCAGAUUCUAUGGAAGCUCAGCUUUGGGGUGACCCAGUCCUUGUAAGGACUUGUCUAAGUUGGGGCCUCAAUCACCCCCAUCCCAGCUACGCCCCAACCCCACUGUGUCUCUACAUCAAGCAAACACUUUAUCCUGGUAGAUCACAGGUGAGCUUCCAGAACCUGGCUGGAGGAGUGUGUCUGUGUUACAGUUGUGGGUGAUACAAAGACAGAUAUGUAUAAUCCACCAACUCGUAAAGAACAAAGCUAUUAGCCCCAGUUCAGGGGAGGAAGAAGAUACAGAUCUGAGUAUUUUCUAGAGAUUUUUAUAUUUAUAUUUUUAGUAAUAUUCUGGUAGAAGAAAACCACGCAAUAAAAUAAUU